CUCGGCGUGAGCGCGCACAGGUAGCCAAUGUAGCCGCCGUCUCGGUGGAGAGGGCAUGGCUGAGCCGGCCGCCGGCGAGAUAUACCACUUCAACUCCAUCAUGGACACCCUAUCCCGAAUAAGUGCGACCAUGAAGAACAUGGAGCGGGAGCUUCUGUGCCCGGUGUGCAAGGAGAUGUUUAAGCAGCCCGUCAUCCUGCCCUGCGCGCACAACGUCUGCCUGAUGUGUGCCACCGAGCUGCUGGUGCAGCAGGGCAUCCUGUGCGCAGAGCCCACCUCCGAGCCCUCCUCGCCUGCCUCCACCCCCGUGAUGCGCAGCCCCCGCCUCGGCCGCCGAGCUGGGGCCAAGACCGACAGGUUGGACAGACUCGUCCGGGCAGGUUACGGUACGUACCCGGGUCGUCGACGUGGCGCUGCCCACACUCAGACCAUCACCAUGCCCUGCCCGAGCUGCCAGCGGGACGUGGACCUGGGGGAGCGCGGGCUUGCUGAUCUCUUCCGCAACCUGACGUUGGAGCGCAUCGUGGAGCGCUACAAGCACUCGGCUGAUCUGGGAGCGGCCGUGCCUUGCCAGGCCUGCAAGCCCCCCGCCCAGGAAGCCGCCAAGGGCUGCACCGACUGCCGUCUCAACUACUGCAAGGAGUGCUUCAAGCUCUAUCACCCCUGGGGCACUCCCAAGGCCCAGCACGAGUCCAUUGGGCCUACCCUCAGCUUCAGACCCAAGGUCCUGAUGUGCCCCGAACAUGAGAUGGAGAAGGUCAGCCUGUACUGCAAGACGUGCCAACGCCUCAUAUGCCAGCUGUGUAAGCUAAGACGGGUCCACACCACGCACAAGAUCACCCCCGUGGCCAGUGCCUACCAGGCACUGAAGGACAAACUGACCAAGGCAAUCACAUUCAUCCUGACCAAUCAGAACCUGGUGCAGACGCAGAUCCAAGUAAUGGAUGAGCUGGUCCAGCAGACAGAGGCCAACAGCUCGCGUGCCCGGGAGGAGGUUGUGAGCUCGGUAGGAGAGCUGUGCCGGGCACUGGAGGAGAGGCAGGGCUCGCUGCUGCAGGCCAUCGACGAGAGCAAGCAGCACCGCCUGCACCGGCUGGCUGGCCAGAUCUCCGAGCACCAGGGCAUGCUGGAGCACUCCGGCAUGGUGGGCUACACGCAGGAGGUCCUGAAGGAGACCGACCCCGCCUGCUUCAUUCAGGCCGCAAGGCAGCUGCAUACCAGGAUUGUGAGGGCUACUGAAUCCCUGCAGAACUUCAUCCCAGCCGCGGAAUCAUCCUUCACCCCUUUCCAGCUGGACAUCAGCAGGGAGCUGAAACUCUUGAGUGACCUCCAGUUUGCGACAGUGCCGGACGCGCCGGUGAUCGACACGCAGCGCACCUACGCCUAUGACCAGAUCUACCUCUGCUGGCGGCUGCCGCGAGACUCCGCGGCAGCCUGGCACUACGAUGUGGAGUACCGGCAGGCCGACCUUCCGGCCAAGGAUCCCCGGAGCCGCUGGCAGCGCAUUGAGGAGGUGCGGGGCACGGGGGCCGUAGUCGGGCACCUGGACACCGAUCGCGUCUACGCACUCCGGGUGCGCGGCUUCAACAAGGCCGGCCACGGAGAGUACAGCGAGGAGAUCUACCUGCGCAGCCCGCCUGCACCGGUCCUCCACUUCUUACUGGAGAACAAGUGGGGCUUUACCCAGGACCGCGUGAUUAUCAGCAAGGACCAGCGGGCUGUCCGCAGCGUCGCCGGCGUCCCCAUGCUCUUUGCGGCCGAGCGCAUCAUGACCUCCUGCCACCUGUCCAUUGACCUGGUCAUCGGGGACGUGGCGCUGACCCAGGGCAAGCACUACUGGGCCUGCUCGGUCGACCCCGGCUCCUACCUGGCCAAGGUCGGCGUGGGGCUGGAGAGCAAACUCCAGGAGUGGUUCCACGUCCCUCAGGACGUGGUCAGCCCCAGGUACGAUCCUGACAGCGGGCACGACAGCGGGGCCGAGGACGCCACGGUGGAGGCCUCUCCGCCGUAUGCCUUCUUGACCAUCGGCAUGGGCAAGGUGCUGCUGCCACAAGGCUCCCCCCCCUCGCCGCCACCGCCCGCCCGUGACCCUGGUGGGGGCACGGUCCCCCUACCCUCCCGGCUGGGUGUCUGCCUGGACUACGAGAGGGGCCGGGUGACCUUCUACGACGCGGUGUCGCUGCGGAGCCUGUGGGAAUGCGCCGUGGACUGCAGUGGCCCCGUCUGCCCCGCCUUCUGCUUCGUCGGGGGGGGUGCCCUCCACCUCCAGGAGCUGGUGACAGCCAAGUCUGAGCAGAAGGCCCCAAAUGGCACCAUCCAGAAGGCUGUGAACAACUGCAGCCCCUUCGGAGGGUGGACCCCCGGAUCCCUACCUUCUGCUGUUCUGUGCCCUCGUCCGGAUUCUGGAACGCCGAUAUGAAGCUCAAAGUCAAUACCCUCCCCCCGAUUUCCCACCUCCCCCACCCCCCGGCGUCCACAGCCAGGAGUUGCAAAU